GGCCCCCAGGGAAUGCCAGGCGGCGUGGGACAGCCGGGUGCCGUGGGAGAAAAGGGUGAGCCGGGCGAAGCGGGAGAUCCCGGAGCCCCGGGGGAGCCCGGACCACCCGGUGUGAAAGGAGAUGUGGGGGAGAAGGGAGAUGCGGGGCAGUCGGGAGCAGCUGGACCCCCUGGCAAGAAGGGCCCACCAGGAGAGGACGGAGCCAAAGGCAACCUGGGUCUGGACGGAGCUGCUGGAGAGAAGGGUGACAGCGGGGACCCCGGUCUGCCGGGACAGCCUGGCACAGAGGGGCCACCCGGGAAGACGGGCCCCGUAGGGCCACAGGGGCCGCCGGGACGGCCGGGCUCUGAAGGACUGCGUGGGAUCCCCGGCCCUGCCGCUGGACUGAUUGGGCUCAUUGGACCGCCAGGAGAGAUGGGGGAGAAAGGAGACCAGGGGCUCCCGGGCAUCCAGGGCCCCCCAGGACCCAAAGGAGACCCU